UCCUGGUGUCAAGCUGGCCCAACCACAGUUAUCAUCUGUGAACCAGAAGGUUGAAGAUCCUUUGCAGUAGAAUGAAAAUAAAUUAAUAUUAAAUCAGCUCUGGCCCUGCCACUGAGCAACUUCUUGACUCUGGCAUGACUUACAUGAUCUCUCUGCCCGCAGUCUUUGCCAUAUGGAGAUGGGAGUAGUAGUCUAGCAUAUUUCCAUGUACCUUGUAUCCUCAGCUGCAGCUCAUUAGUGGCAGCCACAAACAGCCAGCUCUAGGGAGCAGAGGGAGGUAACGAGCAGAGCACCCUGGGCCUAGGCAGGGCAGAUGCCAGGUGGCAUCUUUGGGGACGGGUCUCUGCACCUGGCUCUGUCCUAUCAGACAUCCCAUGCCUUUGGGUUGGGGGUGUGGCUGUGCCAGGAGCUGGUAUCCUGUGCUUCUGCACAUCUGAGCAAUUACUGUCCUAGGCGCUUGUCAGGCUGGGGAUAUUGGGAACCAGGUACUCUCUGCCUCUCUUGCCUGCCCUACCCUGGAGCCCAGCCUGGGGCGGGGGCGAUGGACAAGCCUGGGCCCCAGUUAUUGUCUGUGGCGCCUGCCUGCAGCCUUGCUCCAGCCCAGCUCCACCCCUUUGCCUGCAAGGUCUAUUUCCUAACAGCUGCUCCAACCACACACCUCGGUUCCGCGAGGAGCCCCUCCUCUUCCUCCCUCCCUCCCUCAUUCAGGGGUGGGACUGGAGAAGAAGGCUAACUUGACAGCAGUGCCUCUUUCUUAGCUAGUCACCGGCCUCAGCCUGAGAACGCCUCUGUGUGUGUUUGUGUGUGUGGGUAGCCUCCGCAGAGAGGUGGUUCUCCCGCAGUCCCCGGGUGGCGGGGAAGCCAGCCGGAGCUGCCAAGAACCCGGCAGGAGCCGGGGCCAGCCAUGAGCCCCUGCAAGAAUUUGCCGGGGAGCGAGUGGCCUGGAGUCCUCUUGCUCCUCUGGCUCCGGAGGGAGAGGUGAGCUCCGGGCAGCCUGCCGGCCUGCCUGCCCACCCACCCACAGCCAGAGGUGUCGAGGAGCCCUGCUGGGCCUGUCAUGGUGGCCGCCUGCAGCCUGGCCGAGGCACUCCCAGACGGGUUUGCAGCUGAGCCUGAGUGUCUGGUGCGGGAAGAAGAUGGGGAGUUACUUGUCUGUCCCCGCGUACUUCACCUCCAGGGACCCCUUUCGGUGUUCCGAAUGCCAAGAUUCCCUCACCAACUGGUACUAUGAGAAGGACGGGAAGCUCUACUGCCACAAGGACUACUGGGCCAAGUUUGGGGAGUUCUGCCACGGGUGCUCCCUGCUGAUGACAGGGCCUGUCAUGGUGGCUGGGGAAUUCAAGUACCACCCAGAGUGCUUUGCCUGUAUGAGCUGCAAGGUGAUCAUCGAGGAUGGGGACGCAUACGCCCUGGUGCAGCAUGCCACCCUCUACUGCGGGAAGUGCCACAACGAGGUGGUGCUGGCUCCCAUGUUCGAGAAGCUAUCCACAGAAUCCGUGCAGGACCAGCUCCCCUACUCCGUCACACUUAUCUCCAUGCCGGCCACCACCGAGGGCAAGCGGGGUUUCUCCGUGUCUGUGGAGAGUGCCUGCUCCAACUACGCCACCACCGUGCAAGUCAAAGAGGUCAACCGGAUGAACAUCAGUCCUAAUAACCGCAAUGCCAUCCACCCUGGGGACCGCAUCCUGGAGAUCAAUGGGACCCCAGUCCGCACUCUCCAUGUCAAGGAGGUGGAAGAUGCGAUCAGCCAGACGAGCCAGACACUUCAGCUGCUGGUUGAACAUGACCCCGUCUCUCAGCGCCUAGACCAGCUGCGCCUAGAUGCCCGGCUCUCUCCCCACAUGCAGAGUGCCAGACACUCCCACACACUCAGCACCCUGGACACCAAGGAGAACCUGGAGGGGACGCUGAGGAGACGCUCUCUGAGGCGCAGUAACAGCAUCUCCAAGUCUCCCGGCCCCAGCUCACCAAAGGAGCCCCUGCUGCUGAGCCGGGACAUCAGCCGCUCCGAGUCCCUCCGCUGUUCCAGCAGCUGCUCCCAGCAGAUCUUCCGGCCAUGUGACCUGAUCCACGGGGAAGUCCUGGGCAAGGGCUUCUUUGGACAGGCCAUUAAGGUCACACACAAAGCCACCGGCAAAGUGAUGGUCAUGAAGGAGUUGAUCCGAUGUGAUGAGGAGACACAGAAGACUUUUCUGACCGAGGUGAAAGUGAUGCGCAGCCUGGACCACCCCAAUGUGCUCAAGUUCAUUGGUGUGUUGUACAAAGACAAGAAGCUGAACCUGCUGACUGAGUACAUCGAGGGGGGCACACUGAAGGACUUCCUACGCAGUGUGGACCCGUUCCCCUGGCAGCAGAAGGUCAGAUUUGCCAAAGGCAUCGCCUCCGGAAUGGCCUAUCUGCACUCCAUGUGCAUCAUCCACCGGGAUCUGAACUCGCACAACUGCCUCAUCAAGUUGGACAAGACCGUGGUGGUGGCAGACUUUGGGCUGUCGCGGCUCAUAGUGGAAGAGAGGAAAAGGCCCCCAGUGGAGAAGGCCGCCACCAAGAAGCGGACCCUGCGCAAGAGUGACCGCAAGAAGCGCUACACAGUGGUGGGAAACCCCUACUGGAUGGCCCCCGAGAUGCUCAACGGAAAGAGCUACGACGAAACGGUGGACGUCUUCUCUUUCGGAAUCGUUCUCUGCGAGAUCAUUGGGCAGGUGUAUGCAGAUCCCGACUGCCUGCCCCGCACACUGGACUUUGGCCUCAACGUGAAGCUUUUCUGGGAGAAGUUUGUCCCUACAGACUGCCCCCCAGCCUUCUUCCCCCUGGCUGCCAUCUGCUGCAAACUGGAGCCCGAGAGCAGACCGGCCUUCUCCAAACUGGAGGACUCCUUCGAGGCCCUCUCGCUCUAUCUGGGAGAGCUGGCCAUUCCGCUGCCAGCCGAGCUGGAGGAGCUGGACCACACUGUGAGCCUGCAGUACGGCCUGACCAGGGACUCGCCUCCCUAGCCCUGGCAGCUCAGCCCCGCUGCAGGGGCGUGUCCCACAGCCCCCGUUCGCUGCCCACUCCACACCCCAGCCCUGCCCGGAAGCAGGGCCAUCCUGGCUUCCUGUGGAUCGGCGGCUCAUAGAGAAGCAGAACACGCCAUCCCUACUACCUCCCCAGGAGGCGAGCGGAUGCAACGCCCGGGAAAUGGAGCCUGGUGACUGUCCUUAGAUCCAACACUCGCCUGAAAGCUGUGAAGAAGAAAACAGAACAAAACAAAUAAGAGCCUGGACUCCAGGCCAGGAGGAAAUCUGUUACUUGGGACUCCUUGGGAAGACCCUGCAGGGAUUCCGGGGGGCUCCUGCUUUACACUAACCAGCAUGACCUGGACCUGCUGGCUAGGGGUCAUGGGGGCGGGGAAGGGGGGGAACCUGCCUAUGCAUUCUGAAGUUGCUAGACCAGCUGGGUACAAGAGGACUACAGGUGGGAGAGCAUGGAUGGAUGACUGGCGGCCCAGGUGGCCCUCAAAGGGCACGAAAUGAUGGUGGUGCUCCCCACCAUGUGCCCUCCAGAUGCUGCCUCCCCUGGAGCAGCAGGGAAGGGAGUAGGUGUUAGGGUAUGCUGGAAGCUAUCCAGAAGGCAAGGAGAAGGCUAGUUGCUGCUCUCCUGCCAGGGGGUGUGGCUCUGGCCAAUUUGGGCACCACAUCAAAGUUGGCAAGACGUAUGUGUGUGUUGGAGGACAACAGGGAGAGGGGUAGUGUGCGGUCUCCACCUCAUGUUCAUAAACUGUGCAGCUGGAAGCCAGCUGAGAACUUCCGGGUGACGUCCUGAGACUGCAACAAGCACAGGAAGAGGGGGAGAUGUUGGGAAGAAAGAGGCCCUGCCAGCUAAAAAUCCCACAUGCCAGUUGCUGCCACUCAGUUCUCGGUGGGCUCCUGAGGGCAGAUACCUAAGUAAGACCCUUGGCCCAGAGCUGGAUGGUUUCCGGUGGACUGUGUGGCUUAUUACUUUGGGUCUGGACGGGGUGGGGUAGGGGAGCAGCCGCAGCUUGCCCUCCAACAUGCCCUAUCCAUGUAGCUAGGCAGAUGUGGGUGGCAGAGCCCAGCACUGAGGUGCAGAGGGCCAACUGGCUUCUACCUCCUUUGUUGGCUAGCCCAACUCAGCCCCUGGUCACAGCUCCCCUGAGCAGGCCCAGGGGCACUGGACAACCUUAGGUCACCCUCCCCACACUCUACCCCAUUCCCCAACCCCUGCCAGUGGUUCCCAGAGCUCCAGGGCUUCUCCAGCAUAACUAAGUUGGCCUCCUAAGUGGCUGUGAGCUUGCACCAUAUUUAACAAAUUGGGGAUGGUUUUGGGGUGGUUGUAUUGGGCAGGGGGUGGGGCACAGGGGUGUGAUCCUGGAGAGUGGUUGCCGUUAAAAUAUUCUCUUGUUCCAUCUGUUGGGUGAGACAUGAAAUAUUGUAUAUAGGCCUGAAGAGUUUUACGGGGUCAGAUGUCACCUCUGGCCAGUGUGGACUUGCAGCUUGGGCUGUCCUGCAAGCUUGCUGCUGCAAGGAUGAGCCCCGGACUCCCAGCAGUGGCCUGGGUCCAUGACCGCUCGCUGCCACGGCUGUUUCCUCAAACAUAAAAAUGGUGGGCCCAAGUUGGGCCAUUGAGCAGACUAAAUAAAUUAAAGUGGUGAACGUCAA